CGCGUACAACAUGAUAGUCGUACAUUUUGCGCGCUACCGGCGUGCUUGUAGGUCGUCGUUUGAUAGUUCGCCCGUUGUCGUCGUCCGGUGGCCGGUCGUCACCAUCGUAAUUCGCGGUUGUUGUGCCGCAGUACUAUUCGUCGAGUCCGCACCACCGUGUUCGUCUUUGCGAGGACUCCACCGACGACGUCCUUCGUACUUUAUUAUUGUCUUCAAGAAUAUCCCUGUCUCUCCGGCGGCUCAACUCACCCGUGCCAUCGGCUCACUAUAUUCGCUGCAACAGAAAACGUAAAUAGAAGAAAUACCUGUAUCUAGUGCUGUUCUACCGCCUAUAAUAUAGAGCCAAACCUAACCAUGAUUAAAGUAGACGAAUCGGAUCCAGUUGGAGAACUGGAACCUAGUUUUCCUUUUAAAGAUAUUACGAUUCGUAGAGGAGUAGACAUGAAAGAACAUUAUGAACUACAGUCUGAAAUUGGACGGGGGAAAUUUGGUACAGUUUUUAAAUGUCGAGAAAAGGCUACAAGUCUUAUGUUGGCUGCCAAAUUUGUCGGUAUUGCACACAAACAAGAUCGCCGAAACGUAGAAAGGGAAGUAGAAAUAAUGUGUGAACUUCAACAUCCGAGAUUGAUACAACUUUACGAUGCGUUUGAAGCAAAUAAUGCGAUGUGUUUUAUUUUAGAACUUGUCGAGGGAGGUGAAUUAUUUGAACGAGUGAUUGGUGAUGAUUUUGUAUUAACUGAAAAAGCUGUGACGAUUUUUAUGCGUCAGAUAUGUGAAGGGGUACAGUUUAUUCAUUCAAAAAAUAUACUUCAUCUCGAUCUUAAGCCAGAAAAUAUACUUUGUUUGACUAAAACUGGAAAUCGUAUAAAAAUCAUUGAUUUUGGUUUAGCCAGAAAAUUUAAUCCAGAAAAUAAACUUCAAGUACUAUUUGGCACACCAGAAUUUGUUGCGCCAGAGGUAGUAAACUUUGAUGCUAUUGGUUUCGGUACAGAUAUGUGGUCUGUUGGGGUAAUUUGCUAUGUAUUAUUAUCGGGUCUGUCACCGUUCAUGGGAGAAACCGAUGUGGAAACAAUGGCAAACGUAACAAUUGCUCAAUAUGAUUUUGAUGACGAAGCAUUCGAUUCGAUAUCCAACGACGCAAAGGACUUCAUCAAAAAGCUUCUUGUUAAAGAUCACAAGAGCCGUCCGAGCGCAACGGAAUGUUUAUCUCACCGGUGGCUGCAAAAGAAAAAACCGAAGAAAAUGGUGCGCAAGAGUACUAGUAAAGUCCUGACGAAACUACCAGUAGAAGAAGUAACCGUGAAACAGCAACCAUUGCAAUUACCGGUCGAUCAUCAAGAUGAGUCGCCGUCGUUAGACGUGAGCAAAGACAACCUGAAAGAGUUUUGCAGCAAGUCGCGCAGCCUGUCUCCGGCGGACGUAGCCUUGGUGACGGUACCGAAUUUGACGCGGCUGAGAUUCCAAAAGGAUAAAAAAUCGUCGUCCGCGAGUCAGGGCUGCGAGAAUGACAACGAACAAGGAUUAUUGGCAGUACAACCGAUUUGUACGCGGAAAACCGACGAAGCACCAUCACAAGCCAUUUCCGUAGCGCAAAAACAAGAUACGACACCUGAAAUGGAAAAGAAGACGAGUCUUGCGCCACAACUUCAGGCCACUUCCGAAGUGCACCAACGCGUCGUGACUUCCGGUCAGCAGCAGCAGCAGCAGCAGCAGCAACAGCAACAGCAACAGCAGCAAAAGGACGAACCGGAAACGCGAAAAACUAGCUCGCCCGUCACAUCCUGUUCGGCAGCCGACGACGCGCCUCGGUUAAACGUGACGGGAGGCCAACAAACGUGGUUGGACUGCUCGAAUCUCAGCAACAGCAGCUUCCUCCGACGGUCGUCCGACGUGUCGUACAUGCUGUCCAGCUUCCGGACGACCACGACGACGAUGUCGACUUCCGGGUUUCUGGGUGCGCCGGGACUGCAGGGACUCUCGGAACGGUUACAGGACCUGCAGUCAAUGUUCGACGACCGCGACCGACCUGCGGUAGAAGGGGGUGGCAGCCUGCACAAGUUACUGUUGAACAGGCAGCACCUGACCGCAGCCGCUGUCGACCGCAAGCCGAAGUUCAAGAUGUCACAGCUGAAUCGCGAUGUGCCUUUUGGGUCACCGCCGCCCGCGAGCAAUCUGCUGUACUACAUGACCUCGUCGUCUUCGUCGUCUUCGUCCUCGUCGUGCCGGUCCGCGCCUCACAGUAAACGCACGUCCCCCGAGCACGAGACGGUUUCCGCCAAAGAAAUAUUGCUCAAAUUGUUCUACGGCGGUGGCGGUGGUGCUGACAAGGCACCCGAGUCCAAAGUGUCCACUUGAUGCUCACACACGCCUUACCCGUGUGCAAGUGGAUAAUAAUAAUAAUAAUAAUAAUAAUAAUUAUUAUUAUUAUUAUUACUAUUGUUGUACUUGUUGUACCCACCUGAAUGUGUCCAUCGAUUCAUCAACUGUACAUAACCGCUUGUCUGUUACUUGAUUUUUUUUUUCAUCAACGAAUUCGACAAUGUAACCAUAUAGGUAUGUAUGGGACGUGUGCGGUUUAACUCUGUCAACCAUUUGUUUGAUUUAUCCUCUCGCACCGAUGAAUACUAGUGUUUAGAAUGUAUUAUGUUCAACGUAUACCUAUACUGGCGGGUUAAAUCAUCUGUUAUUAUAAACACAUGCACACUCUAACAACCACACACAUUUAUAGUUACCAAUUCCUCUUUUCUAUACUGCGUUCUAUUACACUACUCACUUUAACUGUGGGAGCUCGUAUGCAAUUUUUUUCUACUUCAAAGUUGUUUAUACAUAUUUUAUUUUUCGAUUCUGUCAACUUUUAAAACAUAAAUGAUU